AUGACGUCCACAUCCAACGAGAUUGAUGUAACGUCAACGACAGCGUUACAAGAUUAUAUCGCGCAAACAGUAAAAACACUCGAUUACUCUAUUGAUCUCACAAACUUGUUUAAAACCGCAACUCAUGUUUUAUUGAAUGUUUUUCCGGAUUGGGAUGAACAAGAAUUGGAGUUUUUUGAGAUUGCGUCUGGGUUAACUAAUAAACUUGUGAAAGUCACUAAUAAACAAACUGGCGUGGUGGUAUUGGUUCGCAUAUUUGGACGUAAUUCCGAAAGAUUUAUUAAUCGGGAGGAAGAAUUAUUGAAUGUUGUCGCCUUAUCGAUUCUUGGGCUUGCUGCUCCACUCUACGCAAAAUUCAAUAAUGGCGUGGUGUAUGGAUACAUUCCAGGCGAACCAUUCGCUCAGCAUGAUCUUCCAAACAUGAAUAAAUCCGCAUUAGUCGCUAAACAUUUGGCUAAAUUCCAUAGAGUGGAGAUUGCUGGCUCGAAGAAGCCAGUUUUGUUUGACAAAAUUCGAAGAUGGUUAAAUCAAGGUGAGCAAUGGAAUGGAUCAAGAUCCAGAUUAUCUUCUCGAAUGACUAAUUAUAGUUUCUUUCAAGUGCCUGAAAAAUACACCGAUCCCAAAGUUAAUGAGAAAUUCGCUAGCAACCUGAAUUUAAAAAGAUUGAAAGAAGAGCUAUACUUCCUUGAAGAGCAACUCGCAAAACCAAAUUAUCCGGUGGUAUUUUGUCAUAACGACUUACUAUACCCCAACAUAAUCUAUAAAGACGAGAACUCGGUAACGUUUAUCGAUUUCGAGUAUGGUGGAUACAAUUAUCGUGGAUUUGACAUUGGAAAUCAUUUUAAUACCUUUGCUGGGUGGCAAUGUGAUUAUAGCUUAUACCCGACCAAAGAAUUUCAACUCGUUUGGCUACGUCAUUACUUAUCAUCUUUUCAUCCUGAGACUGAAGUCACCGAUGCAGAAGUAGAAAAUUUGUAUCGAGAAGUAGCGAAAUUCCAGCUCGCUUCCCUUUUCUACUGUAGUGUAUGGACAUUGCUAUCCUCGGAAUUCUCUGACAUCAAAUAUGAUUUUAUGGAAUACGCCGUGCGAGCGUUUAGAGAAUACUAUCGAAUUCGUGACGAAAUGAAUGACAAACCAUCGUUACCAACCGAAACGAUGAUCCGAAUUUUUUCAGAGGUCGCUGAAAAAACUGGCUUGCGAAGAGUUUGGAAGUUUCGUUGCGUAUCACGCGAGAUGAAAUUAAUCAUUGAGAUGGUUGUGUUUGAUAAAUUCCGUAAUAAAAUAAAGUGGCGAAUUGCUGGAUGGUCCUUUGAUGGCGACAAAAGAUUUCAAUGGGAAUACGCGGAUUUCAACGCGCGAAUUCUUGCACCCAACGCCAACGACUUUUGUGCUCGAAUUCGACCAAUCACCAAACCACAUUGGUCCCUUCGCUGCAAUUGGUAUGAAUUUUGGGUUCGUGUAAAAGGACAAGAUCAAAAUAAAUGGUAUGAUUUGAGCGAGAGAAUUGAACACCGUAAGGGGAAUAAUAAUAAUAAUUUAUUUGGCGAAAAAUGGUUUGGGAAUGUGAAGGUGGUGUAUCAUCAUCACCAUUCUAAUUAUGGAUCAUGUCAAUAUACAUCUAUUCCCGAAUUCAAGAUUGAUUUGAAACGAUUGUUUUCGCUGAUUGAGGAUUGA